GCCUCCUGGGUUCAGGCAAUUCUCCUGCCUCAGCCUCUCGAGUAGCUGGGAUUACAUGCGGCACCAUGCCCAGCUAAUUUUUCGUAUUUUUAGUAGAGGUGGGGUUUCACCAUGUUGACCAGGAUGGUCUCGAUCUCUUGACCUCGUGAUCCACCCGCCUCGGCCUCCCAAAGUGCUGGGAUUACAGGCGUGAGCCAUCGCGCCCAGCCUGGCUUUUUUUUUCCUAAUGAGUUUCCUGUUGGCUUCGGAGAUGUGGUUAUUUAAAAUAGAAGUAUUUAUUUUUUUCCGUUUGAGACUUCCAUUAUUAUAAGAUCAACAAUACACCGAUUUUGUGCCUGUUAAAUAUUUUUAGCCUACUCCUAACACAUGAAAAUAUUACAUACCUGUUUUGAUCUAUAUGUAUUCUGUUCUUUCCGAGUUGUUUCAUUUUAAGGGAAAAUUCUUGAAGGCAACCUUUUAAGGUUUCUCUAAUGGCACAUCUCUGGUCAUUAACUUUUUACUUUUAAAGGAGACAAGAAAAACAGAUUGUAAAGACAAAGAGUAAAUGUCUAGCUUAUUCUGCUACUAGAUUAGAAAAAAGUCUCCAUUUACAGUUAACUGUAUUCAGUCUUUAGAGGAAAAUGUCUCUUCCAUUCCAGAAUUCAAGCCCCAUAAUUUAGUCUUCCUGUUGAGAGUCAACAAUUUCUUCAAGCCUAUAUAAGGACGAUAACUUCAAGAGCCAGAAUUGAAUUUAGUCAUUUUUAUAUUUGUAACUAAUACACAUUUUGGAGUUUCAUCACAACUUGAACUGUGUCUGAGGAGUUGCACAUAAAUCAGGGUUUUAUUACUUGAUUAAAUGCAGUAGGAAAAUUUUCUUUUAAGGUUUGACUAAAGAGUUAAGAUAGUCCUUUAUUUCAUUUGUACAUUGAAGUUUUGUAUGAUGGUGGCUUUGAAAUGGCUUCUCAAUUCCAGGUGGCUCUUGAUUUUCUUCGUGUUUUCGUUUGCCGCUUGGAAGGGAAAAGUUCAUGUUACUCUCAUCCUUCAUCACCCGGCCUUUCAUGAUGGAAGCCUCAUUUUCAUGAGGAAAUCUUGGCACGCCUACGCCAGCUUGUGUAUUUUGGCAGUAUGGAAAAGCAAAACACGGUUCCUGCUGCUCCUUGUAUAAGAUUGUUUUGUAGUGAGUAACCUUGGCAUUCGAUGUUUUCACAUUGAAUGUAUAACUGUCUGCAAGUGGUUAUGAAGCUGAAAUUGAUGAUCCGUCAGUUCACUUUGAAGCGUGUGAUGGAAUCAUGAUUUGACAUUUUCCGGAAAGAGUUCAUUUUUUAAAGGAUGCCCUUAGCUUUUUUUCUACUGUCUUCAGACGGAAAAAAAAAAUGGUUUACUAUUUUCAGAAAAAAAGGUGAUGUACUCACUGGUCUAUUUUCUGUGCUCAAAAUGUGUUGACCACCCCUGGUGUGUGUUUCUGAGCCUCCUUGGCAGCUUCUGCCUUCACAACUGUUCUCUUUUCAAAUUCCUCUCUUUUCUCUUUCCCAUUUGUGCUAGUAAAGACUCUUGGAAGCAUCAGGCCCUGAUGAGCUAGAGCUCAUUCCAGGGGUGUGUGGGUGCUGUGUUUCCGACUUGAGCCAUACAGCAAAGACUUUCUGACCUAUUGGCCUCCAUGGCUCAUGGCUGCCUUCUGGACUAUUAUUUAUGGUGGGCACUGAGGGAUUCUGUUGGUUGGCCAUGCGUUAAUGCUCUGUGUUUUGAGGCUUUAACACAAUAGUUGAAAAUUCUUGGCCAAAUUGGAUAGAGAAUGUGAAAUAGAUACUGUAGAGGGAUUUCAGGACACUCUGUUGUGAACCAUGGGAAUAUAAUGAAGAUUUCCCAGACCAAUUGGUAGCUAGUCCGUAAGGAAGACUUGUGGAAAUAAACCUUGAAUAAUACGGUUUAUGCAUUUGUUGCUGGAGUAGAAGAAUUUAUUUUGUUUCUGUUUCCGCAGCCUGUCUGUCUUUCUAUGAGUAGUUCCAGUUUUCACAUCAUUGGAUUCAUCUUUACACUCAACUUACUACUAACUCGGUUAAUAAAACUACUGUGUUUUCCUUUUCUUUUUUCGUCUUUGUCACAGCUCUCUAUCUCUUUUGUUCUGUUUCUGGUACUCGAUUAUCUGUAUGACAUUCCUGAAACUGCACGCUCCUGCCUGAACUCCCCAGCUUGCUGAUUAAAUUUAGGUUAGGCUGAUGAUCUCAGGAGUAAACCAUCUCACCAGCACUGGUCCAGUUCUUCACUGGUGAAGCAAUGGUGGCGUCUGGGUUGAGAGUCACAGACUGAAGUCUGGGAGAAAUGCUGGUCUUCCCUGUCUUGCUAAUCUACGUUGUGCUGGAACCCAGAAUCAGGUUCCUAAAUUUCAGAUUACACAGGCGUGGCACAAGGCAUUGAGAAAUCCGAGAGUCACAUACUUCUCAAACACAUACUCAAGGUUCCUGAAGAAUAUCUAUCACAAUGUUUAUAGCUUGUCCAGUUUGAUCUUCAUGGAGCUAUCAUAAGAAAGUCUUUGAAGCGGAGGCCAGAGAAGAGACAAGGGCACGAGCGUCGGAUAGUUACGGCCAUGCCUUUCUUGGACAUGCAGAAAAUGUUCGGCAUUAACCUAAAUCGGUGGUGGACAAUCCAAAGUGCUGACCAGUCCUACAAGUUUCCUGCUCGAUGCCAGGCUUUUGAAAAAGAAUGGCUAGAAUGUGCACAUGGAAUUGGUACUAUCUGGGCAGAGAAAGAGUGCAAGAUAGAAUAUGAUGAUUUCAUAGAGUGUAUACUUCGGAAAAAAAUGAUGAAAUGUAUGGAUACCAUCUGGAGGCCACGGGAAAAACUGAUGAAGGAAGGGAAGUCCACCCCUCCACCUCACCACAUGGGCAAGGGGGAGCCUCGGCCCUGAGCAGACACAGCUACUGAUAUCUGGAGGCCGAUUUUCAUGUUCUCUGUUCUCCACUGGAAAGGUUGUUUAUGGAAAACCUCCUUGUCAAAGUGUGUAAAAAUAAAGUAUUGCUCCACCCUAAAAAAAAAAAAAGUCUUUGUGACUGAGGAUUUGGUAAAAUGCAGCAUGAUGGUGAGAGUUAUAUCUCGUGUUUAAAACAAAACAAAACCUGAAACCACCUGGGCCUGAAAGAGGCACCGUGUUCCCCAGACGCUGCAGCAGCCACAGGGCAUUUUAGCAGAGAAAACAAAGCUUGUUUUAUAGCUGCUCUUCAUAGCUCUCCCUGACAGGCUGAGAGGCACAUUGAGUAAAAAUGGAGCUGUUAACGAUAUAAUAAAUGCUUUUGAAAUUUUCCUAUUGGGCAAUCCCUCAACAGCUGACUGCUUUGAAAAAUGAAUGAAAAUCAAACAUAAAGACACACAUGGCUUCAUCUACUUGGUAAUGAAUCAACAUAUGCAAAAGGACAUUCAGUUGCAGGUGUGUGCCUGUCUAUAGUGUUUGGUUUCUGGUUUUGUUCCAAGCAAUUAAUAAACCAGACUGGCCUAUAACAUCGUUCAGGAAACGUUCUUUUUCACCGGCUCAGACUUGGAGAUUUAGCCUUUCCUGCUUUCUUUUCUUUUCUUGUUUUAGUUAAAAACAAACAAAAAACCCACAUACAUACAAUUUACCACCUUCACCGUGUUUAAGCAUACGGUUCAUCAGCAUUUCGUAAAUUCACAUUGCUGUGAAACGGAGGUCCACAAUUUUCCUCCUGCAAUCUGAAACCCUAUUCCUACUCAUCAACUUCCCAUUUCCCCCUCCCUUGGCCCCUGGCAGUCACCACUCUGCUUCCUGUUUCUGUGAAUCUGUUGCCUGAUUUCUUUUACACACGUUAGGGGUUCCUGCAUCUCCUCUCCUGAUUCAGUGCCAUUUGGACUAAUGAUGCCUUUAGGGAGGAGAGAACAAUAUGUAAUUUUCACAGUGGUUUUUGUAAAAUAGAGUACCUGGUAUGUACCAACUAGGGUGUGCAGCUCUAAGAAACUUUUCUGUUGGCAUCAUUCUUUAAAAUAUGUGAAAGUCAUCUAACAUGGUGAAGGAGUUAGAUGGUGAAGGCAGAUCGAAGCUUUGAAAACUAGAUCAUUUUGCUGCCUGCAUCAGCUAGCACUGAGUCUCAGCUAUCCAAUUCCUGGGCAAACGUCUGAACUCUCUGCUUUUAGGGCAUGUUUAAUUCUGGAUAGAUGACAGAUUCUUUGUUUCCAAAAAUGGGCUUAUUGUCCUUUGGUAUUUUAAUUUGAUUUGUUUAGAGCACGCUCAUAACUUUUUAUAAAAUUGGACCAAAUGCAUUUAAUGAGUACAUGCAAUUGAUAGAAUACUGUCACUCUGAAUAUCCCUAACUCUCUGUGGAAGGAGACACACUCCAUUUUCAUUUGUGUAAAUUCCUUGCUGUAGGUCACCACUGUGGAUUCACAUUUCGAAUACUGUCAAAUCAUAGAAAGCUUAAAAAAUACUUGUUUUUGUCAAGAGAUCAAGACCAUCCUGGUCAACGUGGUGAAACCCCGUCUCUACUAAAAAUAGAAAACAUUAGCUGGGCAUGGUGGUGCGUGCCUGUAAUCCCAGCUACUCAGGAGGCUGAGGCAGGAGAAUCGCCUGAACCCAGGAGGCGGAGGUUGCGGUGAGCCGAGAUUGCGCCAUUGCACUCCAGCCUGGGUAAUAAGAGCGAAACUCGGUCUCAAAAAAAAAAAAAAAAAAAAAAACUUGUUUUUAAAAAUGGUUCUUAUUGCUUGGCCUUGUUUUUUCAGAAACCUCUGUUUUUCAAGAUGGCUUUUAUGUUACUAAAUUAUAGUUUAUCAUUUGGUGGGAUUUUCUUUAAAAUGUGUCAUCUAUACCCGUGCUUUUUAUUAGAUACCUGUUUGCCUUCAGUUUUCAAAAAGCUAACUUUUUGCAGCUAUGAUGCCUAUAUGAAAGGGAGUUAUCAUGGAAACGGUGCUUGUUGGGAUGGUCUGCUUCACGAUAAGGCUUUAUAACAAGGGGCUUAAACUGAGCAAAAAACUGAAAACCAGUGUGAGUUAACAAUGAAAUGUGCUAAAUGCCAGGCUUCCUUCUCUUGGCCAGAUUUUAAAACAGUCACGUGAGAGCAGCAAGGGUAACUGGUGAGUCAGUUGAAAGGGAACCGAAGUUUCUGAUACCCUCCUUCCCUCUUGUCCAGGGUGGGGUGGGGGGUACAUUCCAAGACCCCAGUGGAUGCCUAAAGCCAUGGAUAGUACCAGGCCUGAUUGCUGUCCAUUGGGACAGGUUUCUGUUGUCAGCUGAAGAAUGAGACAGUUUGCAAAUUUGGAAUGGAGCCUAUGUUUCUCAUGAAGUGUUGCAGCCUCAAAGCAGGAAUUCUGACGGGAUGGGAAGCCUAGCCUCAGGUCAGAAGCCAGAAACAGACACUUUCAAAGUAGAAAGAAGACAGAAAUUUGUGCUGAAUGAGGAUGAGGUAAUGGACAUAUUCAGUAAGCUAUAGGAGGAGUCAAGAAUAUUCAUGAAAGGAGAACCAUGCCCACACAAUUAAGAUUCCUGGGUCCCAUGUUCAAAACAUGGCAGAGUUAGCCUGAUGGCAGGGCAGAGUCUUCUGGCCUCUACUGUGGAAAGGUGAGCCGAGGACGGCCAGGCCAUCUCUGCACACCCCCCACAGGCUGGUGUGGCGCUGCUUUGGUGUUGCAUUGAAAUCCCAAAAGGGAGGGGCGGUGUCAGGCUGUUGGUUGAAGUCCCAGGUGGAAUCUUUGGAAAGAGGUGGCUUUUGUUCACUCUUAAGAAAGAAGCCUGUGUCCUUCAGCAAGGGUGGUGAGGGGGUGGGGAGUGUAACAAGGCUCCUCUGACCUCCCAUCCCCUCACAGCCAGAGACACAGCUUUAAGGUUACCCUGGGCUCCCCUUGGCCAAGGGAAGGUCUGUUCAGUGGGUUGAGGGCCUUCGGCUUUCUUGCUGUUUAUGUCUUCAACAAAUGUAAUUAAUAUCCCUGCCAUCUUAACUAAGCAUUUAUCACACACUGUGGCCGUAACUUUUGCAGUUUGAGGUCUCACAGCAAAACCAGCAUGCAUUUCUUUUUCCUUCUUCACAAUUUCCCAGAUGGAAGAUUCAUUCUUACUGCAGGUCUCAGCAUCCUCAGCACACGACUCUUUCCUCAUUAAGUCAAGACCUUUUGCCCUUUGACUUAAAGGGAGCACUCUAAGGCUCACUUUGACGUAUCCCAGUUGCCAGCAUCACUACUGUUUGGGGCCUUUCGGAAGUAAAAUAAGGGAGACUUGAACCGGCACUGCGGCGUCUCAAAAGGCGGUCUGCUCAGCCAAGUGGCAGCCUGGAUCUGCUGGGCGAAGGGAGGAGUUAUGUCCAGGGUGGGACAGAGAGGAUCGAGAGAGAUUAACUCACUAGUCAGAACAGCAGGAAAUUCAGAACUUAGGGUUAUUUCUGAAAAUUUCUAUUUAAAAUUUUCGACUGAGAUUGACCAAGGGUAACUGAAGCCACAUGGAAAGCAAGACAGAGGAUAAGGGAGGGGCCUCCUGAACUCCAGGAGCACCGAGUUCGGAAAAAGUCAACACAUCAAUGGAGUCAUUUGUUUAAUUUUUUCUUAAAAGCCACCUGCAGGAUAUUGUAGAAAGGGUGCGCUGCCAGUCACAGCUUGUGAUGCGACACGUUCACUCUGCAAGUUCAAACUCCCCCAGAUGUUUCUCUUCCUGCGUAACCGUCACGUGACUAGUUUUGUUGUGUGUUGUUGUAGAAGUGAACACAUUUCCCUAUCAAAAGAAUGUCGUUCUCAUUUUCUCUGUUUCCUUUAAGCAUUUUCAUGUAGUUGGCCUUUUGUUAGUGGUCAGCAUUUAUGGCUUUUUGCAGAAGGCAUCUCUUUGAGUAACAAUUUCUUGAAAUAAAAAAAUACAUUCUCAGCUGGGUGCGAUGGCUCAUGCCUGUAAUCCCAACACUUUUGGAGGCCGAGCUGAAUGGAUCACCUGAGGUCGGGAGUUCGAGACCAGCCUGACCAACAUGGCAAAACCCCGUCUCUACUAAAAAUAUAAAAGUUAGCUGAACGUAGUGGCAUGCUCCUGUAAUCCCAGCUACUUGGGAGGCUGAGACAGGAGAAUCACUUGAACCCGGAAGGCAGAGGCUGCAGUGAGCUGAGAUUGCACCACUGCACUCCAGCCUGGGUGGCAGAGUGAGACUCUGUGGCUCUGGCUCUGGCUCUGGCUCUAGCUCUAGUGCAUGAUCUCUCUCUCGCUCUCCCUCUCUCUGUCUCUCUCUAUACAUAUACACACACACACACACACACACACACACAUAUGUAUGUAGGUAUAUAUAGACACACACAUACAUAUAUCUAUACACACACACACACACGUUUCUCUAAUUGAUUUUAGAAUCUUGAACCCGGCUUAUAGUUGCUUUUGUUGAAGACUGUGCUGUUAUAGUCUCUUCAUGGGAAUUAUGGUCUUAAAAUUAUUAUUUUAUUCAUUCAGCAAAUCUCUAUCAGCACUUACUGUAUACCUCAUGUUGUUCUGGUGAACAAAGCAAGAUCCUGUCUCGGGGGUGUGCCUUCCAGCAGAGAAGGAUGGCAGCGUGAAAGGAACAUUAGAAAAUGACGCUGUCUUUGGGUGUUAGAAAGUGGUAUGUGAAAGUGAGAAAUAAACAGAAACAGAGAGCAGGAUCAGGGAUGGAGGUAUGGGGCAAACUGUCCUUUCCAGAGUGCCCUUGGAAUCACUGCCACUGUGGAUCGGAAUGAGUUCCUUAAUUAAAUCCUGGCCAUCGAUCAGCAUCCCUUUCUGUUGCAUUUGGCAGCGCUUACAGACUAUGUUGUAAACAAAGCCGAACCAUCUUGUUUGCCAGAGCUGUGGUUGAUGAACACCUAAGGAACUGGUUGUGUGAUACUCAUAUUUUUUAAAAAUGUGUUUAGUUAUUCAGAAAUCUUGUAGUCCUUCUAGACUAAACUCAGUGUUGUUAGAUAUGCUUCACGUACUUUUGUUAUAUACUUAUUUGUAAGUUUCUUUUUUCUGAAUCGAGAAUCUGUGUGUUUGUGCUUUGUCUUCCUCUGUCAAGUGGGAAGGGACUGCCAUCCUUAGUGAACCUGUAUCAAUUUUUGCUUCUUAGUGGUUUCCUCAUUAGUGGAUCAUGCAGACCCCAUUUCCCACCUUUUUCCCCUUGUAGUCAGUAUCUCAUUCCCCAGUCACUCAUCAGAAGACAGUGAAUAUAAGGGAAAGUUUAAGUUUUAUUUUGCAGUGAUUAAAGUACAGUGAGGUUUAAAAAUACUAAAGGUGGAAUUUUCAUAGCUACCAAAAGUUGAAAAUAACACAGAACAUAUUUCAGUGAAAAAUGAAGCAAGGUGGGUAACUGACUUACCGAGUCCCUGCUGGAUGGUAGCACUGGUGCUUAGUACUUUAUGUAUAUUUCCUUCAUUUAAGUCUCACAACCGCUCUUUUAGGAGAUGUUGUCUUUCCAGUGUUCAGAUGGGAAAGCCAGUGCCAAGGCAGGGCAGGAGACCUGCCUGAGCCACAUGUGAGUGUGUAUUGCAGGCACAUUCAGGCACGUGAGGCUCUCUAGGUGUGGGGCCAGAGACAUGUGAACCCCCGCCUUCCCCUAUUCUGUGCUGUUCCCAAAUCUCUCCCAUGGUUUUGUACCUAACAGUAAUAGCUUCAUCUGUUGACAAUGACAUCAAAGUUCGGUUUCUCUCUGUCUUUAUUUUUUUAUUUUUUUGCCAAUCAGUCUGAGCUUAUAAGGUUGCUCAGGUUAGCCUUGAACUCAUGACCUUGCCUCUGCAAGCGCCACGACCUCUGGCGGGAGCCACUUUGGACCCCUCUGUCUUUCUUUAUAAUGAAGAUAACGUUUUAUAGUGCUUGACUUUUCCACCCUCCCCACACCCACACCAUUUACCAGUUCUUUUUGUAGAUUGUCAGUAUUUUCAGAUAUGCUUUCUUUCUGUUUUUAUUGUGGUAAAAUACACAUAACAUAACUUUACCAUUUUAACCAUCCUGAGUGUCCGAUUCAGUGGUAUUAAGUACAUUUAUACUGUUGCUGAGCCAUCCCCGCUCUCCGGAGCUUUUUCAUCUUCCCAAACUGAAACUCUGUCCCCAUUAAACACUCACUCCCCACUGUCUGCCCCCCCUCCCCACCCCCACCCCUAAGCACCAUCCUCCUCUCUGUAUCUAUUGGAUAUGAUUGUUGUGCUUUUGUAAUAUACCUGUUCGUAAAUUUAUUUCCCAUAUUCUGAGCUUUCCAGCUUUUCAAAGGAGAAUAAAUAUUAAGUGUCUGGCUAGAACUCUGACCUCUUUGCAGAGCACAAACCUGGAGCUGAAGCGCCCCCACCUCCCCACUCACUCCCACGGUUAACACAAUAUUAAACCUGAAAAGUACAUGUUAUAAAAAGAAUGGAAAGUAAAAAGUAUGUGUUUGGGAAGUUUUCUGGAAACUAAAGAGCUAAGAAUUCUUAAAGGAUCUGGACAGCUGUGUUUUCAUACUUCAGUUUGAUUCAUGGAUUUUUAAUGUAAAAGCUUUUACAUAAAAACAUUAAAAUCCCCUUCUCAGGAGUGAGAAAAUGUUCCCGUUCUCCCAACUGACCAUUUGAAAAAAAGAGUUAAAAAAUACAUUCUAUAGAAAGUGUCUGUAAACAGAGUAAUUUUUCUUUCGCGUAAGAUUGGUUCUUGAGGAAAUGCUGUGUUUCAAAGUCAGGGUUGAUGAACUUUGCGUAUGAUGGAAAAUGAGAAUGGGAACCACAGGUGUCAUUUGGUGGUUUUGUUUUACAAAGUCUUCACCUUUCUCCUGAAUCACAGGACCAAGUUCAACAAAAUUUCUACUUUCUACCUUUCUUUGGAAUAGUAGUUUUGGAAGCCAAGUAUUAGUAUAUGAUAGCAGGUGUGUUUUCUAAAGAUUCAGGAUCAGCGGGCUGAAUGUACUUUUGUGACUUCAUUAGACCAUUGAGCCGAGGAGAAAAGUGCCAGUCUUACCAGGCACGAGGAAAAAGGCCCAUCUUUUGCUUUUGCUGGAAGUGGUGUCCUGCUUUCUACAAGCAGGCAUCCUCUGCCUUAUACUUACCUUGUUCAUUUUAUGUGUGAUAUUUUAUUCUCUGCCUAAUAGGUAUCAAAGUAUCAAAAUGUCAA